CAACCAGUGGCAACACUCCCGAAAGAUAAAACAAAGUUGGAUUAAAAAAUGACUAAACUGAUGCAAUUCGUUGCUCUCGCGGCCGUUCUUGGCUGUUUUCUACCCACGACGGUUACGGCCCAGUCAAGCCCAAGUUGGGGCCGAGUCCAGUACUGCCCCCGAGGUCAAAAGGCCGUUGGAUUUCGAUUGGCAUUUGAGGAUUUAAGUGCUAGAAGACUUGUGACCAUUGUUUUCAUUUGCACACGUGGAAGUAGGAUUACCUCGCCUCCAGGAACUAGGGGAAUUGCGGGUGCCGUACGCACUUGCCAGUCUGGCAGAUUCUUAACAUCGUGUCGAUUGCAACUGGAACGACCCGGGAGAAAUACGAGGGCCAACAAUUUGAACUGCAGGUGCAGCGACGGACAGACACUGCUAGGGGGCGGGAGCCAACCUGGCAUUUGGCAAGGAUGGUCCCCGUCCACUAGCUGUCGCACUGGCAUCGUGGGCAUACAGACCAGAGCAGGAAGACGCCCCAACCCAUUUCAUAUCUUCAACGCUAGAUUCCCUUGUUCCCGCACAAGUGCUGAAGCAGCAGAGAUUGAAGAAGAAGUAGAAGAAGAAGUAGUAGAAGAAGAAGUAGAAGAAGAAGUAGAAGAAGAAGUAGAAGUAGAAGUAGAAGAAGAAGAAGAAGAAAAGUAAAGAACAGACGAUUAUAUUUAUGGCCUCGUUGCUAAUUUGCUGGGCAAUUCCAAACUUAUUUCUUUAUUCUAAUUAAUAACCUUUUUAAAUUCUUUUAAUUAAUUUAUGGAGUAGAAAUGUGGUAGAAAUAUACUUUUCAAUGGGCAAUCUUUUAGUUUGAUCAUCAUUUCAAUAUGCUACACUGUUUCGUUUCAAAACCAAUCGAAACAAUUGCUAUAUUGGAUCGGAGGUCGAGUGCGUAUGGAACCAACAAUUGGAUUGUGACUUUUAAUAAGUAUAUUGAUGCCGAAUUAAAUAAAGCGGGAUUUAAAGUGA